AGGGACCAGGGGAGGAGGUGCGCCCGCCCGGCGGAGCCUUCCGCACGUUUUGGGGGUAACGACGCAAGCUCAGCGGAGAGUCGGCGCAAAGUUUCCCCGAUGGCGCUGGUGAUGGAGCCGGUGAGCAAAUGGAGCUCGAGCCAGGUGGUGGACUGGAUGAAAGGUCUGGAUGACUGCUUGCAGCAGUACGUGAGUGUGUUUGAGCAUGCAGGUGUGUGCGGUGAGCGGCUGCUGAGGAUUAGCCACGCUGAGCUCGAGGAGCUGGGAGUUUCUCGCAUUGGCCACCAGGAGCUCAUUCUGGAGGCCGUGGACUUGCUUUGUGCUCUGAAUUCAGGUCUGGAGACAGAGAGUGUCAGGACUCUGGCUCACAAGCUUGGCGCCUCUGCCAAGAACUUACAGAACUUCAUUUCCAGCCGCCGCCGGAGCAGCCAAUUAGAAAGCAGGAGCUCACGACGACUCCCCAAUGAUCUGCUGACCUCCGUGGUUGACCUCAUCACCGCUGCCAAGAGCCUGCUGGCAUGGCUGGACAGGUCUCCUUUUGCUGCAGUGGCAGACUACUCAGUUAUCCGAAAUAAUGUCAUUCAGCUCUGCCUGGAGCUCACCACCAUUGUACAGCAGGACUGUACGGUUUUUGAGACGGAGAACAAAAUCCUUCAUGUGUGUAAGACUCUGUCAGAGGUAUGCGAGCACAUUGUGUGCGUGUCCUCGGACCCGUUGGUUUCCCAGUCUGCCCACCUUGAGCUGGUCCACCUCACCAACGUCAAAUCAUCUGAAGGCCUGGGGAUGUAUAUCAAGUCAACCUAUGAUGGUCUCCAUGUGAUCACAGGAACCACUGAAGGGUCUCCGGCAGACCGCUGUAAGAAGAUCCAUGCAGGGGAUGAAGUCAUUCAAGUUAAUCACCAGACUGUGGUGGGCUGGCAGUUGCGUAACCUGGUUGGCUCAUUGAGGGCCGAUAAAGGUGUAGUGUCCCUGACACUGAAGAAGCGUCCACAGAGCACGCUCAGCUCCACUCCCGCGCUACUGAAGAACAUGCGUUGGAAACCCCUGGCUCUGCAGUCAACUAGAAGUCCAGGCAGUGGCUCAGCCACGCCCUCAGGCACACCCACCAAGAGCUCCGCCCUCCAGGACCUCUACAUUCCCCCUCCACCCGCUGAGCCAUACACCCCCAGAGACGAGACAGGAGCCGUGUCUGGAGACGAAACGUCUCAUAACCACAGUGGCUUCAGUGCUGCCAAGCGCUCCGAGUCGCCAAACUCCUUCCUGGAUCAAGAGUCUCACCGGCGAGAAGAGGAGGAGCCUGCAUACUGCACCACGCCCACAUACGGCAGGCUGAGGCCCAUCUCCAUGCCUGUGGAGUGCAACUGGGUGGGCGACUACAAUGACCCAUCCAAGCUGAACAGGGAAAGCCGCAGAGAUGCCUCCAUGAUGCGCUACGUGGGACUGUCUGGCAGGGAUGAGAGGAUUGGGUCUGACGACUACUCCUCCCAAACAGCUCGUCCAGGCAAACGCUCCAACGACAUGGCCAAGCGGGCCAAGAGACGGAGCCACCACAGCCAAAGCCCCUCCCACUAUCUGUUUCAGACAAAUCAGAGAGAUUCACCUCCCAGAGACCAAACCUCCAUGUAUCAUACAUACCAGCAGCCAUCCUCUUUGCAAUCAAAGAGCAAGAAGAAAAAUAAAGGACGAAGUUUGGCCUCUCUGAGCCGGAGGCGAGUUUCCUGCAAGGCGCUGGGCAGAGGGGACUGUGAGGGCUGGUUGUGGAGAAAGAGGGAUGCAAAGGGUUACUUUUCUCAGAAAUGGAAGAAAUACUGGUUUGUGCUGAAAGACAACUGCUUGUACUGGUAUAUCAAUGAAGAGGAUGAGAAGGCAGAAGGUUUUGUCAGUCUUCCAGAGUUCAAGAUUGACCGUGCCAGUGAAUGUCGGAAGAAGUAUGCAUUCAAAGCAUGUCACCCCAAGGUCAAGAGUUUCUACUUUGCAGCAGAUGGAGUGGAUGACAUGAACAGGUGGCUGAGCCGCCUCAACAUGGCAGCAGUUGGCUAUGCAGAGCGGGAGAGGAUGCGCCAGGAGCAGGACUACUGGAGUGAGAGUGAACAUGAAGAUGACACCACCUCCAGCCCCAAGCAGGACAGCCCUCCACCUCCAUAUGAUACAUACCCUCGACCUCCAUCAAUGAGUGCCUACUUGGAAGGUCGGACAACUCGCCUGUCUUCCACAGAGACAUCUCGCUCGCGCUCUUCCCAGGAGGACUUCUUGUGUUCUGAGCCCCCAGCAGUGGCAGCAGAGCCACAGUACCAUCCAGGUCCUAUGGGGGUAGGCACCACGCACAGUGGGAGAAAACCAGGGGGUAGCAGCAGCAGUGACGUACAAUACAGAUGCGAUCCUGUGGAGUACCGCUCAAGUCCUGCAGGGGGCAGCAGUGAGACCGGGUCCCCUGGACGCUCUUCAUCUUCGCAAAGACGCUCCUGGCAGGACCUGAUUGAGACACCACUGACUGAGGCUGGACUGCAUUACCUGCAAACUGGACCACUUGAGGAUGCUGUGUUCGCCGAUCCGGGUCCAGGGGGUGGUUCGAUGAUGGCCGGAGCUGUUUACACUCUUCCUCCACAGAGAAACGUCCCGUUGCCAGUGGCGAUGCAGAGGCUGAUCCCUAUGGCAACUCAGGGAGGGAAACCCCGCAGCUUCACGCUGCCACGAGACAGCAACCUACACACACUCCUCAUGCCGCCCACGAAGGAAGAGCAACAAACACACAAUGGUGGGAGUGAAGGAGCAUCCCUGGGUGACCUGUUUCGAGCGUGUGAGCAGGGCGGAGUUUGUCCUCUAGGACGAGGUUCGGAGGCCAAAGGUCAAACUGAAUUCCGGCAGUCGUUCCUCCGACGGGCAGCAGACCCUCAGCUCAAUGAGCGCCUCCAUCGCCUACGCAUACUGACCUCCACACUGAAGAGGGUCUGA